AUGGUCACAUACGAUAAAACAGAAAUAUUCUACAUUUCAAUCGGAAUUUGGCUUUUUUUAGGUGUUAUAUGCUACAGCAGUGGGUCAUAUAAUAUAUUAACUGUUAAGACUGGAGGAUCUGUCACCAUCCCAUGUUAUUAUGACAGGAAAUACAAACAUCAGAAGAAAUACUGGCAUUCAGAAAUUGAUAUGUCCAAUACAUACACAAACACAACAGAGGAGAAUCUGUCAGUAAUUGAUCGUCCUGAUCAGAGUCUCUUUACUGUGACUAUAAGAAACCUGCGGAGCACAAAACAUGAUGGACACUAUUAUUGUGCUAUGAAGAUUGAAGGAAAAACAAUUGUCACAUAUGGUCUUUAUCUCCAGGUUCAAUCUGAACCAGAUGUGUCUGUGGUGAGCAGCAGUGUAUCUGGACAUGAAGGUGGUGAUAUCAGUGUUCAGUGUUUCUAUAGUUCUGGAUAUCAGGAUAAACUCGAAGAGUGGUGCAGAUAUAAAGAUCAGAGCUGUUACACAGUGGGGAGGACUAACACAUCCCAGAAUUCAUCAGUCCAGAUCAGUGAUGAUGGUAGAAGUUCCUUCACUGUGCUGAGGACUGGACUGAGACUGACUGAUUCUGGCUGGUACUACUGUUCUGCUGGAGAGGCACUGAAUCCCGUUCAUCUCACUGUAACUGAGGCAGAACAAGGCACUGUCAGUGACAAAGUAUGGCACGUGGAGCGUUUCUGUUUGUCACAGAACUAACGUUAGAGGAAUUUUCUCCACAUCGACCUGAAGGC